GGGCUGGCGAAGCUUAAGCACCACAGGAAGAGAGGAUGUCGGAUCUGGCUUCCUUGGCGUAAUUGUCCUGGCCGGUUCAAGUCACCAUCUCUGCCGGCUUGUCUCAAAGUUCGCCAUAUUUCGGUACCACAUAGUAUCGUUCAUACCCUUUCCAUAUUAUGCGGUUCUGUUUGGUAUCGAUCGGUGCCGUGUGGUAUGGUUCGGUAUUGUUCGGCAUCAUUGCGUCUCGUUCCGUAUCGUUCUGCAUCGUUUGAUAACAUUUAAUAUCGCUUGCUAUCGUCCCGUAUUGUUCGAGUCCGAGCAUAACCUGUCUGUUGCAAUUUGGCACCUUUUCAUAUCGUUCGGUACCAUUCGGUAUCAUUCUACAUCUCUCCGUACCGUUCCGUGUUGUUUUGCGCCGUUCGGCACCGGUCAGCAUCGUCUUUUAUCGUUCCGUGUCGUUCGGCACCGUACCUUUCUGCCCAGUUCUGUCUUUGCUCUCCUCUCGCGUCGCCGCGGCUCGUGUGUAUCGAUGAUCAAUUCUCGCGGUUGCCGAGCUGGAUCGAGUCGAAAGCGGACUUUGUGUCAUCUGGAGCCCAGCAACCGGGCCAAGGCUCUACUCAAAGCUGUACCCGCUGCGGUCGCCUGGCUCGCCACCUCCGGUCAACACAUUGUGCUCACCCUUCCACUCCACUUCACCAGCCACCGCCAGGCCAGUCACGCGUCGUCAACGGCCCGUUGCCAUGCCGUACACAUGCAGCUGGCUCCAAGCCUCGCAUCCUGUCACCUGAGCACGUUCGCUCUACCCCAACUUUGCAUCACACCCUCUACGUCUUGUUCCUUAAAAUGGGCCUUCAAACUGUAUAGUAAAGAGUACACCUGCCUUUAA